UUUACAAAUGCGUUUUGGGCGAAUUUUUACAUUGUCGAUGCCUCUGAUUUCCGAUUUUCCAGUUGUAGAUUUUAUAUGUUGAUGGUGCAUCGUUAUUGACAUGCAUAUCCGAUCGCUCCAUGAAAAGAAUGUAACCUGAAUUGAAAUAUAAUGACAAUGGGGAUUUUGGCAAUCGUGAAGUAUGCCUGGUUUUUAUCAUGUUUAGGCGCUUGUAUGGGAGACCUGUCAGCAGAAGGCAAAAAAAUUACCAAAAGAAAUGAUCUUAAUAUACCACAACAAGUGCACAUAGGAUUUGGCGAGACGACUAAUGAAAUGAUAGUGAUGUGGUCUACAGUACAAAACGAUUCUUCUGUUGUGGAGUACCAUACUGGUGACAACUCUGUAGAAAAUGUAAAAACUGUUCGAGGAAACACCGUUUAUUUUCCAGAAAAUGCUAAUGGAUUGCGGUAUCUCCACAGAGUUGUAUUGUCUAAAUUGCAACCAGGUGUGAAAUAUUAUUAUGCAGUCCGUGGUGAAAAGCGUGAAUCGCUUAGUGACCAGUUUAGUUUUAUAACUCCAGACUCAGAUGGAAAGCAGAUAUUUAUGAUUUACGGUGACAUGGGUACAAUGACAAAAAGUCUGCCAUUCAUUGUUUACGAAGCAACUGGGGAAACAAAGUAUACAUCCAUUUUUCACUUGGGGGAUAUUGCAUAUGAUCUUGGAAGAGAAAAUGGUGCCAUUGGUGACAAAUUUUUCACAAAAGUGGAAAGGAUGGCUGCACGCAUUCCAUACAUGACCAUUCCAGGUGAUCAUGAAAUGUUCCCAGACAGCAAAAAUCAUUAUUUGCAUAGAAUUUCAAAUCCAGGGAAAGAAUGGCCAAUGCAUCCAGAAGAUUUGUGGUACAGUGUAAACAUUGGAAAAGUCCAUUUCAUUUGUAUUUCAACAGAGGUUUUUUUCACAAACAAGAUGAAUAUUCAGAAGAUCAUGGAUUGGUUGGUUCAGGAUUUGGAGGAAGCCAAUACUCGGCGACAGAAGUAUCCCUGGAUAGUUGUGAUGGCCCAUCGUCCCUUGUACUGCUCCACUGACGACAAAAAUGAAGACUGCACAAAGGCCCAUUCUGUAGUUCGAACCCAUUUGGAGGACAUGUUUUAUUUUUAUGGUGUUGAUCUAGUUUUCAGUGGCCACCAACAUAUGUAUGAGAGAACUUGGCCUGUCUAUAAGAACAGAGUUUUAGCUUACAAUUAUCUUGAUCCAAGAGGAACUGUUCACAUUGUUAUUGGCAACAUGGGAAAUGUCUACAUGACAGAGAAGGGGAGCAGACCUGGGGGGCCUUGGUCUUCAUUUAUUUCACCCUCAGAACAUGAGAUGUAUGGAAGAUUUUAUGUUUACAACAGUACCCAUAUUUACUGGGAAGUGCGAGGAGCCCAGGAUAAUGAUUUGUAUGACAAACGCUGGAUUAUUCAGAGAAUUCAUGGUCCAUUCAACAAAAGUUCUAUUUUUAUUCCAGAUCCACUUGGUGCAGCAGGAGCUGCCUGGCGUCGACAACAGGAAGACUCGAAUGAUUUCAUUAAUCUCAGAUUUUUCUACAUGAAUGGGGAUGACUAUACAAAUCGUAUUACUGUUUUAACUUUUACAGUCAUAAUUUUACUCUUUGGUUUGUGUUUCAAAAAGAAGAUAUUGAAUAUUGUCCGGUUGUGUUUUGUUAAACAAGAAUCAUUGCCAAAGUAAAAUUGUUUAUGAAGUAAAUGUUAUUGUAUUACAGGACUUAUUCAAGAAUAGUUUUGGGAUAUAUUGUGCAGAAUACAGAGUCCUGCAGAGGAUAAAUUGUUUAUGCAUCAAAUAUUUGUUAAUCCAUUUCAUUAGGAAAAACUGAUCAUAUAUUUGUACAAGUAUGGUAAGAAAAUUUAUGCAGCAAAAAGAGUGAUGACAUACAUGUACCAGCAUAUGCAACUUUUACAUUUAUUUAUAAAAAUAUGUGGUUAAAUCAUGUAAGUUUUGUACCUUUAAUAUGUAUGGUACAGCUCUUGACUGAAGAAAAGAAGAGUGAAAAAUGUUCUUUUAUCAUGUUUAUGUUCAAGACAUCUGUUGGAAAAUAUGAAAAUGGUAGGGUACAUGUAUGCUUGUAUGUAUACAUGUUAUGUAUCUACAUAAAACAAGUGUUUUCUAAAUUGUGAAUGCUUUGAUUUUUAGAGUGUGCUCAUUUUAAAUGCAUAUCAAAUGUUGUUUGUAUGUUUAUUACUCAAACAGUUCUAAUAUGUACAGUUGAUGAAAUUUUUGAGUUUUUAUACAAUAUGAUUAUAUUUUAAUUCAAUUUGUUUGUUUGUCUUUCAUGUGUUCAAAUUCCAAACAUCUGAAUUUAUAAAUAGACUGAAUGAAGUUGUCAUUUACUAUUUAAUUUUUUCCCCAUACACACCAGGUUAAAUAAUUUGCUGUUCUUUGAAAAUCUUAAUUUUUAAACUGUAUAGUUUGUUAAUAGUUUGAGGGAAAACAUGUUUUAGCCAGCAUUUUCCACAUGUUUUUUACAGUAGUAUUAAAACUAAUUCUUGAACUUGAGAUGGAACUAUGUUGUACAUUAUACAUGUUAUAUUUAAUAUGUUGUUUCCAGUUCAUGUUCACCCUUCAUCAUGUUUAUGUUUUAAAUAAUAAUGUUUUAUCCGUGUUGUAUUAAUGUGAGAGAGAAUAAUCAGUAUAGUCAGUAAAAAAAACAUGUAUUUUUAUUCAAAAUGGAUGUAUAAUUAUUUGGAACAUUAUUUGAGAAAGAGAGAGAGAGUAUAUUAAUGUCACAUGAAAAGGAAAACAUGUCUUGGUGCAUAUAAACAUUUCAAGAGUGCUUGAUGAAAUGAAGAAAUGCUUAUAAAUUAAGAUAAUGCUGAAAAUGUU